CGCCCUUCACCCCCUCAUUCGUUUCUGAGAAGCAACGAGACAUCAUCAUGCCCGAGCCAGCAAAGUCAGCGCCCAAGAAGGGCUCCAAGAAAGCCGUCACCAAGACCGCAGGGAAGGGCGGCAAGAAGCGCAGAAAGUCCAGGAAGGAGAGUUACGCCAUCUACGUGUACAAAGUCCUGAAGCAGGUCCACCCCGACACCGGCAUCUCCUCCAAGGCCAUGGGAAUCAUGAACUCCUUCGUGAACGACAUCUUCGAGCGUAUCGCCGGAGAGUCCUCUCGCCUGGCCCACUACAACAAGCGUUCUACCAUCACCUCCAGGGAGAUCCAGACCGCGGUGCGCCUGCUGCUCCCCGGUGAACUUGCCAAACACGCCGUGUCCGAGGGCACCAAGGCCGUAACCAAGUACACCAGCUCCAAGUAAACAGCGCAUUUGGACUGCUCUACUAACCCAAAGGCUCUUUUAAGAGCCACCCACUCUGUCAGUAAAAAAAGCAAUUCCAUCGCCACCGAAUGAAUGCGUAGGUAGGCUGCGUUACAUUGUAUCAUUGUUUAAUGGGCGGCGCGCGCCGCCUCGGAGAGCGGCUACAUUGUAUCAUUGUUUAAUGGGCGGCGCGCGCCGGCUCGGAGAGCGGCUACAUUGUAUCAUUUCCCCUGCCCGUUCCAGCGUAGGGGUUUAGCGCGCCUUUUUUGGUGUCUUUGCGCGCUGAAUAGUAACCCAUGUUUGUCGGGCUCUAUUCCAGGUGAAGGCAAUGUAAAAUGGCACCAUUUGACAAAGGGUGUAAAUAAAUAAAUCAAAAAGGCA